AUGCUUACAGCUGAGCAUAAUGUGGAUAUUAAUGAUGGAAAGCAACAACAUAGUGAUACGGUGAACCUGAAUGAAAGUGAUAUUAGUAUUGAUAUAUCGGAUGCGCUUAGUGAAAAAGAAAAAGUGAAAUUUACUGUGCAUACAAAGUCGAAACUAUCGAUUUUUCAAGAAUCGGAAUUUAGUGUGACACGACAACACGAAGAAUUCAUUUGGUUGCAUGAUCGUUACAACGAAAACGAAGAAUAUGCUGGCUUAAUUAUUCCACCAGUUCCACCUCGUCCGGAUUUCGAUUCAUCUCGUGCAAAAUUACAAAAACUAAGUGACAGUGAAGGUUCAUUAACGCGAGAAGAAUACGAGAAAAUGAAACAGGAACUCGAAGCCGAAUAUUUGGCUAUGUUUAAAAAAACCGUUUCAAUGCAUGAAGUUUUCCUACAACGACUCGCAGCACAUCCCAUUUUUCGUAAUGAUAAUAAUUUUCGUGUAUUUCUCGAAUACAAAGAAGAUUUGAGUGUUCGAGGUAAAAAUGCUAAAGAACAAAUCACUGGCUUCUUCAAAACAUUAACCAAAACAGCGGAUGAAGUUCUUCUUGCAAAUCAAAAGGAAACUGAUGAAUUUUUCGAGCGCCAGAAACAAUUCUUAUUAACGUACAAUACGAAAAUCAAAGAAGCAACAGCUGCUGCUGACAAAGCAACUCGUACCCAAAAAAAUAUGAUCGAUACAUACAUUAAACUAUCUAGUGGUUUGAAUACUCUAUCAACAACGGAUAAAAGUGAUUUAACUAAAUACUUUCUUCUCCUAGCGGAUUUCUUUGAAAAAGCCCGAAAAUUAGAAUCGCGUAUCCAAUCAGAUACCGAUCUAAAACUAUCCGAUACAUUACGUUACUAUAUGCGAGAUUCGAAGGCUGCAUUGGAUUUGAUGUAUCGUCGAUCGCGUUGUUUAGCUGAUUUCGAAACGGCGAAUAAGAAUCUAGAUCGUGCGCGACAAAAGAAUAAAGACGUUCAACAAGCAGAAACAACUCAACAACAUAUCAAAACAAAAUUCGAAACAAUUUCGGGCAAAGCAAAAGAAGAAUUAAACGAUUUUAAAACACGUCGGGUACAAAUGUUCCGAAAGAAUCUGAUUGAAUUCACUGAAUUGCAAGUCAAACACACGAAAGCUCAGAUUCAAACCAUCAAGAGUUUCAUUCAACAAUCGGAAACUCUCGCAUAG